AUGAAGCUUUGCGCUCUGAGCCCGGCCCUUUUGGGUCUUGUCGCAUCCGUGCAGGCCACUUCGUCCUGGUCGAUUGAAUACUCCACCGUGACGGGAUAUUUCCUGCAGGAUGAGACUGCGACUGAUGCGUCGACCUUUGACUAUACUGCUGUCAACUUCGGUCUCAUCAACCGCACUUACCCCGCAGACCAGUCGCUGAAGCACAAUGGCAAGGACUUCACCCAAUGGGAGCGCUUCUACCACCAGGUCCAGAAGCUGAACGACGAGUCCAACAAGGACGUCGAGUACAAGGUGCUUUUCCUCGGCCGCCAUGGUGAGGGUUGGCACAACGCCGCGGAGACCUACUACGGUACUCCAGCCUGGAACGUGAGUCCACAUUUCCCCCUCAUAGCAACCUUCGCCCACCACCUAGCUAACCAUGAUCCCCCUCCAAUCCAGUGCUACUGGGCCGAACUUGACGGCAACUCAACCGCAACCUGGCACGAUGCCGCCCUGACCACCAACGGCAUCAACCAAGCCCUCAAGGCUCACAACUUCUGGCAAAAGGAGAUCGACGAGCAGCGCAUCCACACUCCGGAUAACUACUACGUCUCCCCGCUGACCCGCACCCUCCAAACCGCCAACUACACCUUCAACGGCCUGAACCUGCCCCACGGCGCUGCCUCCUUCAAGCCGCUGAUCAAGGAGCUCUUCCGCGAGGGCAUCAGCAUCCACACCUGCGACCACCGCCGCAGCAAGACCUACAUCAAGGACCUGUUCCCCUCCUGGCGCAUCGAGAGCGGUUUCGCCGAGGACGACGAGCUCUGGAACGGCGUGACCGCUGAGACCAGCGCUGCGCAGGACGUCCGCUCUACUACCGCGCUGGGCGAGGUCUUCUUCGCUGCUAGCAGCAAGGAGGAUUCCUUUGUCAGUGUGACCAGCCACUCGGGCGAGAUUUCGUCUAUCCUGCGUGUCCUGGGACACCGCACUUUCAGUCUGAGCACCGGUGCUGUUAUCCCUGUGCUUGUUAAGGCGGAGAAGGUUAAGGCUACUGCUUCUACUACUACCUCUGUGUCGUGGACUGUUAGUGCGCAUUGCACGGCGCCCCCCGUGACUAGUGUUACGGCUUGUGUUUGCCCGUCGAGUGCGGUGCCUGUUACGACCCCUUUGGUGACCGAUGUUUAG